AUGGCUACGAACGAACGAAAUGGAGAGUAUCUUCUCAGUAUCAUUGAGAAACACGAUCCAUCUUUAGCCAACAAGGUCCGGCGACAUCUUGAACAUUUCAAAGAACUCGUACGUUUCGAAAUGAAGUUGCGUUGCCUUAUGACUAAAGUGGUUGAACAUAUCCGCAAUGGAGGAGAUCAGACAGAGGCGCUAUUAGAGGAGGCACGACUCCGGCGACGGCUCGCUGACGUAAACUUCCUCCGACUAACCUACACUCGUCGAGAACGGGAUUUAGAGUGUGCCAUGGUAAGGAUUCAUUUCCGUACUUCCUUGAGUUUCCAUUUUCUACUGCGGAAUAUUCCUAGCUUAAAAAAGAUCUGAAG